AUGGAGGACUACUACGAGGUGCUGGGCGUGCCCCGGCAGGCGUCGGCCGAGGCCAUCAAGAAGGCGUACCGGAGGCUGGCGCUCAGGUGGCACCCGGACAAGAACCCCGAGAACAAGGAGGCCGCGGAGAGGAAGUUCAAGCAGGUGGCCGAGGCCUACGAGGUGCUGUCGGACGCCGAGAAGCGGCACGUGUACGACCGCUACGGCAAAGCGGGGGUGGAGGGCGGCGGCGGCCCCUUCGAGGCGCCCUUCGACUGCACGUUCACCUUCCGCGACCCGGCCGAGGUCUUCAAGGAGUUCUUCGGGGGCAGGGACCCGUUUUCCUUCGACUUAUUCGGAGACCCGCUGAAGAACAUUUUCGGGAGUCGGAGAAGCUCCCGGGGAAGCAGAAGCAGAGGCUCGGCCUCCCUCUUCUCCACCUUCAGCAAACUUCCCGCGUUCGGGGGCAGCUUCUUUUCGUCAGGCACCGGGCCACCUUCCUUCGGCUCCCUGGGAGGCGGGGGCCUGUCUUCCUUCUCCAUGUCCUGCGGUAGUGGUGGGGCCAGCAACUUCAGGUCCGUGUCCACGACCACGGAGAUACUGAACGGCAAAAGUAUUACCACCAAGAGAAUCAUCGAGAACGGCCAAGAAAGGGUCGAGGUGGAAGAGGACGGCCGACUGCAGUCCUUGAGCAUCAAUGGCAAACCGCAGUUGUUGCACCUUGACACCCCGUAAUUCCGGCCCACCUUUGACGUUAAAUCGCCUUUUAAGGAAUAGCAGGACUCUGGGGGGCGGGGGGGACUUUGUUGGGGUAUUCAGUUUUCUCUUUUUUGGAAAGUUGUACUGAACUCUCUACUUUCAGAACAACUGUACUCAAGAAUUUAUAAACAGUUCAUGCACAUCGCCUCGUUGUCGUGCCUUUGGGGAUCUCAUGAGUCGGACUCGUGUAUGUCUUCCAAACGGUUGGGAA